UCAAAUUAUUCACCACUAUCUUCUCAGCGGAAUUAAAAAUCAUAAAAAGUGAUAAAAAAAUCAAACGACCAUAUGAGAAAGGGAAUCAGACACAAUAUUUUAGUCUUCUUUGGACAAGAUUUCAUGUUAAAGAGCUGCAGAGAAACAAUAAAAGCAAACUCGUGGAAUUCACUUUGUUUAUUAAAAAAUAUGACCAAAAUAUUAAAUUUGAGAAAUUAUAAAAUAUAUUAAUAAAGUGUUAGGGAUGAUAAAUAUACUGAAAAAAUAUUUAUUCGCGAAUUAAUUUUUCAUUCAUCCGAAAUUGUACAAUGUAUCAAUUGAACAAAUAAAACCAGAUAUGACCCCAAUUCAUUAAAUUCGGUAGGAGUGAACUCACCUGAUAAUAAAAUUCGAGGUAAAUAUUUAUAACAGAUUUUUACUUAAUAAGAUGAUAUAUUAUUUGAUAACCAAAACACUAACUCCUAAAUAAAAUAGUGAUUAAUAACAGAAAACAAAAGAUGUAAUCUUAUCAAAUUCCACAAUUAUAUAUAAAGGAUGAAAUAUUUGGAUACAGUUAAAAAAGCGUGUCAAUUUUGGAAGAAACAAUUCUCAGAAUCCGAUUAACAUGGUCUCAGAACUUUGCUUUAUUAUUGUUACUUCUCUUGUGGCUGCAAUCUCAGGUCACGGUAUGAUGUUAAUACCGCCUGGCAGAAGUUCAUUGUGGAGAACCCACCCCGAAGCUCCUAUUAAUUAUAAUGAUAAUGAAGUUUAUUGUGGAGGAGCUUAUGUUCAAAAUACGUUAAAUGGCCAAAAAUGUGGAGUCUGUGGUGACAGAUAUGACGCUCCUCAUCCUCAAGACAAUGAAAAUGGAGGAACUUAUGGUCUUGGUAUAAUUGUAGGAACUUAUCAACCUGGAGAUGUUCUAGGUGUUUUAGUUACUCUCACAGCUAACCAUUUAGGAUAUUUCACGUACAGUUUAUGUGAGUUACCCGAUCCAGAUUUACCUGAACCAGGUGAGGAAUGUUUCGUCAAUUUGCUUCUUGAAGAUGGUUCCAAAAAUUUUCCUAUCAAAAGUGAUUAUUAUAUUGUACAAAAUCAAGUUGUACUUCCAAAUAUAACUUGCCCUCGAUGUGUUUUAAGGUGGACGUACAGAACAGGUAAUAAUUGGGGUGUCUGUGAAAAUGGUACACAAGGAAUCGGAUGUGGACCUCAAGAGCAUUUUAGAUCAUGUGCUGACAUCGCUAUACUUCCAUAAUUUUAUUAAGUCCAACAAAUAGAUUUUGUUGAUUUGAUCAGAUUAAAUGCCAAUAGGGGUACAUAGCCCUAGGAUUAAUUAUAUUCCAGUUGAAAGAUAGUCUUAUCUAUUUAUCUAAAUAUAAAUUUUGAAUAGAUUUAAUUGUCUAGAACAUUCGUGUUUGAUAUGUUUGAUAUUACGUGCAAAUAAAAAAAAGACAAA